AUGUGCUCUCAAGCGACAGCCCAAUUGUACAGCAACUCAACACCUUCCAAAGAUGGGAGCGUAAAGGUUCAAUGGCUGGACCCAAAGCCUGCCUACAAUCCAGGCACAACUUUCGGAGUGCCAUGGCCACGAGGCAGAUACCAGGCCAAUGAUACAGUCUUUACAGUUUCUUCUGACAAUGGCGAGUCGGUUGCUUCUGAAUCUUGGAUUACUGGAUAUUGGGCAGACUCGUCAGUCAAGUGGACUGCACAUGCUAUUACAGCUAGUGCUGCGGAAGAUGGGUAUACUGUCCACGCCGGCGCCAAGAACUCGACAACCAGAUCUUCUCCCCCCACCAAGCUGACUGUUAAGGAGAGCUCUGAUGCUAUUGAAAUCAGUACAGGAAAGAUCACUGCUACUUUUGGAAAGACUGGCAGUGUUCUUCUCAAAGAGAUCAAGACCUCGAAGGGACAAAUUGUGGGACAAAAUGGCAAACUUAUCCUUCGAUCUCAAUCUUCUGUUUUCGACGACGAGGAUAGACAAGGCCAACCUGUUAUCGACUACUUCAACUUUGAGAGCAAGAUUGACAAUGUCACCGUCUCCAAGAACAACAUUGCUCGUGCUUUGGUCACUAUGCGUGGCGAUCAUCGGCAGAUCGAUGCUGGCGACUCGUCUAGUCCCGCUCACAAAGACUGGCUCCCAUUCGUCAUCCGCUUUUAUCUCUACGCCAACUCCGAGUCGAUCAGGAUUGUUCAUUCUCUCAUCUAUGACGGCGUACCUGCGACCGAUUUCGUGCGUGGUAUUGGCCUUCGCUUCGAUGUCCCUCUUGCAGACGAAUUCUACAAUCGUCACAUUCGUAUCGCUGGCGUUGAUGGCGGUAUCCUCAAUGAAGCUGUACAAGGCAUCACAGGCCUUAGAAGAGAUCCAGGACAAGAAGUACGCACGGCGCAGUAUCAAGGCAAGAAAACUCCUGCACUCGAGACUUGGGAUACACGAGUCUCUUCCAGACUGAAGUGGAUCCCUACUUGGAAUGAUUAUGCCUUGACUCAGCUGUCAUCGGAUGGCUUCACGCUGAAGAAGCGUACACAAGCCGGUCAAUCGUGGAUCAACAUCCCAGGUAGUACGCGUGCUGGUGGUCUUGCUUAUCUAGGAGGAGCCACAAAAGGUGGUCUUGCAGUCGGUCUUAAAGACUUCUGGAAGCAGUAUCCCUCCCAGCUAGAUAUCUCAAACGCUACCACGGACACUGGUGCCAUCACUGUCUGGCUGUACAGUCCUUCGGCUCAACCGUUAGACACUCGACCUUUCCACGACGGGCUAGGUCAAAAGACCUAUGCAGAUCAGCUCGAUGCCCUCGAGAUUACCUACGAGGACUGGGAGGGAGGUUACGACUCUCCUUAUGGUAUCGCAAAGACAAGCGAGCUGUUUCUUUUUGGCUUCGAUAGCACGCCUGAGUCUGACACUCUUGCAACAUUGACAGAUUACAUCAAGGCUCCGCCUGUCCUCAUCGCAGAUCGCAACCACAUUGCCCAGUCAGAAGCGCUUGGGACGUACUGGCAGCGUCCUGAGAACAGUAGCGAAUCGGCUCAGACCAUCGAAGACCAUCUCAACUUCCUUACGGAGUUCUACCGAGGUCAAGUCUCCCAGCGCAAAUGGUACGGCUUCUGGGAUCAUGGCGACGUCAUGCACACCUAUGAUGUCGAUCGUCAUGAAUGGCGUUACGAUGUUGGAGGGUAUGCCUGGGACAAUUCUGAACUCAGUCCUAACCUAUUUUUCUGGGGCCAAUUCCUUCGCACUGGACAGGCCGAUCUCUAUCGUUUUGCUGAAGCCCACACUAGGCAUACGGGUGAGACUGACGUCUAUCACCUUGGGCCUUGGAAGGGCUUGGGUACAAGACACGGUGUACUUCAUUGGUCGGACUCGUCCAAGCAAAUCCGUAUCUCUCAAUCGCAGUACCGCAAAGUAUUCUACUACCUGACUGGUGGCGAUGAGCGAGUUGGUAAGCUUCUCACCGAGAUCCUAGACGCCGAGAAGGCUUUUCUGGUUGUGGACCCGAGGAGAAAAGUGAGGGCAGCCAACAUCACAUACGUUGCAGAUCCUGAAGCCAUUCUCAUCGACGUCGGUCUAGACUGGUCUGGUCAAGCGGCCGCCUGGCUGAUCGAGUGGGAGCGCCGAGGUCCUCGCUGGCAAGAGGCCAAGUCGAAGCUGCUCGAGACCAUGAAAGGCAUCGCGAACCUGAAGAACGGCUUCGUGACCGGAGAAGCACUGUACAACCUCUACAACGGCACCAUCCGUCCUCCCUCUCAAGAUCCCAAUAACCAAGGUGUGGUCGGUGUAUCGCAUCUGACGGCUGUCUUUGGACUUGUCGAGGUGAUUGCAGAGCUCACAACGCACUUCGGCGAUGACUUCCCAGCAGACUUCGAAAAAGCAUGGCUGGACUACUGCUACUAUUUCAGCGCCACACAAGCAGAGCAACAAGCUCGAUAUGGCAAGGCAUUUGGCAAGCUCAAUCUAUACCAAGGACACUCGCGCUUGACAGCAUAUGCUGCGAACAAGCUCGGCAACGCCACCUUAGCCGCACGUGCUUGGAGCGAAUUCUACAGUACCGAUGGAUUCAAGCCAGACGCGCCUUGGAAGAGUGAGCGGAUUGAUGGAAGUAAAGUAUUGUUCCCUGUCGAUGAGGCGGCUUGGGUGAGUACGAAUGAUGUGGGUCAGUAUGGAUUGGCGGCGAUUGAGAAUUUGGCUUUGAUUGGCGAGUAUCUUGAGUAG